CAAAAUCUAAAAGAUCUAUAUAAGAACCUUAUAGAACAAAAUUUAGAAAAUGAUUAGAGGACUCUUGUUAGUUUUGUUCUUUUUUAUCACUGUGAAGACUUCAGUUUCUCGUCCAUUCGCAUGGUCCAAAGGUGACAUGCAACCAGGCCAAAACUACCAAGGUGAAAGUGGGUCGGGGCGUGGGCCCAAUUGGGGGUACAACUGGGGUUGGGGCUCUGCUCCAGGAUCUGGAUGGGGUUACGGGUCAGGUUCCGGUAGAUCGUCGACGGGGUGGGGAAGAGGAUCCGGAUACGGGUAUGGAUCUGGAUCCGGAUCAGGAAGCGGAUACGGAUAUGGCUCUGGAGGUGGCGGAGCCCGUGGUGGUGGGUAUGGUUACGGUAGCGGAAAUGGUCGGUCCGGUGGAGGUGGCGGUGGUGGUUACAACGGUGCAGUUGCCACAUUGAGCCACGGUAGUAAGUCUCAUCCAUGAUGAUAACUUGUAAUUUCUCGCAACGUAAAAGGUUAUGGGAGUGGUAUAAGUGUUCUCUUGUAAUAUCAAGGUUAUUAGGUUUGGUACCCUUUUAAAAUGUAACUUCCUAUCUCGUAUGCUUUAUAUAUGGAUUAUGUGCUCAGCGAAUCUUAUGAUGUAUUUGCAUGUGUCUCUAAAUGUAAGGAAACAUACAGUCAGCUACAAUCGUAAAACACUUUAAUUUUCAAAAGAAAAUGAUAUUAUAUUUAGGCUAUUUUGUGGAAAGUUCCGUUAUAACUGCACAAUAUAUAUAAAUAUAUAAACCACCAUAAGAUGUAUCAAGUGUCUUUAAAGACAUGAAUGACAAUGUUUGCUACAUGCAUAUAUAUAAUCUAUACAUUAAUUAUAAUCAAGCAGCAGCUAGUUGUUUCUUGUUGUGAUGAGUGAUUAAAGAGUCUUCCUCGAGUGUAUUCAUCACAAGCUUGGUCUCAAAAGAACUUCUGAAAGAAAGAGAAGGUUCCACAAACAGUGAAUUCAUAUUUGUCAACCUCACCAUCUCUCUACGUAGAAAAGAGCAAUAGUUAUUGAAAGUAGAAAUGGUAACGUUUAACUGAAACCCGACUCCGAACAAGAAAUCAAGCUCAAGCAUGUUCAUCUCCUCUUUUUGCUUAUUCCUCCAACGUGAGCGUAAUAUCCGUUGUUGCAACACCUGAAGUUGUUAUAUAAAAUAAAUCAUAUAUAAUAAAGUUGGCUUGUCUCUCUCCUUAGGCCUCCACAUCAGCAAGAAGAUAGGGGCUUCUGACGCCACGUGUCAUCUUAAAAAAUAAAACGAAAAAAAUCGGUUUCAAGAAAAAAAGAUUACGACCUGCGUUGUGGUUCGUUUUUAAUGGGUUAGAUAUUAGAUUAUUGGUUUAAAUCUGUAUGGGCCUUUAUUCCACUCUAAACUAGGCCAUGUAUAGUCAGGUAGAGUACGUCUAGGAGACUCCGACGUUUAGAUUAGAACUUCUAGCUGUCUAUAUAUGUUCUGCGACAAUUCAUCUUACCGGCGAUGAAAAAUCUGGAGAUGUUACAAAAUCAGGCUGAAUCCAAACGUCGUCUUUAAAGCAAUCAUUAAGAAUAGCUCCAUUCCUUUCACAAUUCAUCAAUGAAUGCCUCCACUUCCUUUUCCUGAAUCUCCGACUAUAUAAAGUUACGCCUUAUCCUGUUAAAUUCAUCAUUCCAAUCCUCUCAAAAAAAGUACGGCUAUGACCAGAAUCUCUCACUACAGAAGGCUUUCGUGAUCGUGUUUUACUGUGUUCGAAUUUUGGAAGAGCUAGAAGGACAUGUGAAGCUGAUCGUUGCUCCAGUAACCGUCGACGGUACAGACGUCUUUUCAGAGCAUACGUUCAAUUGCUAGCGAAGUCCCUCACCAGA